AUGUCAGCGCCCACUUCAAAACAUGGGAAGUGUGUUUCUUACAUUAUACGACCAAUUAUUUUAGCCACGCACUCAUUCGCUAUUUGAAGACUAUAAAGAAAUAUGUUAGCAUGACCUGUAAACAUGGGAGAAAUGACAUUAAAUGUCAGGCCAUUUGUUCGACAGAUUGUAAGAGAGGCAUACAAUAUUAUAGCAAACCCUAAAAAUGAAAGUGAAUGUGUGGAAUAUCUACAGAGAAUACAGUGCCUGCUACCUGCGAGAGAGAAUGCCCUAGGGAAGUUGAAUAUGUCACAAGAAGAUAUAGUAACUGCUCAGGAAGAAUUUGCAGAGAAUCAUUAUGUGAGAUUUCUUGACUUCCUGGUGAAAUGUUUGAGUGUCGAUUGGCUCUCUAAUUUACCAAAGGAUAAGAUUCCUGAACUUUUUGACACAUUCUUCCUGGAUGGAAUUCCAGAGGAAGCAUUUCUGAUCCUAACAAGUGCAAUACAAACUCUGAGCCAUGGUUACAAACUAAACAAAUGUGCUGUCCUGCUUGAAGAAUUCAUCAAACAACAUAAACUAAGAGUACUUUUGUGGAACCAGUGUGUGAUCAUCCCAGACAAGAGCAGAACCAAAGAAAACCAACAUUCAGUUAUGUGGGAUGACCUGGUUACCACACUUGCAAUGUUGCCAGAGAGGAUAAUCAAUAAAACAAAGCAGGAGACAAGUGACAUCUUUUACCCCCAGAAUUAUGGCCCAUUUCUUGCGAAUGAAAUGUUAGUGGUGCUGCACCAGGUGUAUAGUGCUGUGAAGAAUGGCUCUGAUGUUUCUCUGUCUUUCUUCAGUCAGUUGUUAGGGAAAUUGUGCAUCACUGGUAGUGCAGACUGGAUAUGGUCAGUAUUACUUCCCAGUUUUACUACUCUCACCAAUCAAGACUUUAUCUGGUGUAGAAUUUGUGAGCGUCUUGUCUGUGAAGUACCUGACAGGUGUAUUGAAAGUACCAUUAUUCCAGUAGUAAGGGAUGCAGCGUGGUAUGGCACUGUGAACAAACUACUAGGGGAUGCUGUUCUUUCAAAACAAAAACUGAAGUAUUUGUUCACUAACAAACUUCUUCUAUACAGACACUUUAAACAGGACCUGAUAUUACAGAACAUAGUUGGGCACCUGGCAAGUUCCCAUACAAGAAAGCCUCUGUUUAUCCAGGUUCUUCAGACUCUUCUAGAAGUAUGGGGAGACAGCAGUGCAGUGAAACACACGGCAUAUGAACAGCAUCAUUACAUUUCCAGGGCAAUUCUUAUUGGCAUAGGACUCUUGAGUGAUAGGGAUAAGGAACAACAUAAAGGAGACUUAAUAAGAAAACUGAUGACCGGUGUCCAGUGUCACAUAGACAACCAGGCCUUCAAAGUAAGACUCCUUGGUAUGGUUGUGGCUGAGGCACUGACCACAGCUCUGGACCCCAAAGGACCCAAGUUAGAAUUUGAGUAUGAGAAGACAGAAGAGGUGAACCACCUGCUUUCCCUAGUCACUCCACCUUCUGAUCCAGGCUUAGUUGAUAUUCAAAGCAGAGAUUUUCAAACAGUAACACUCGCUGAAAAUGACUCUGAGGUGAAGGAAAAUUGUUCCACAAAGGAGCAGGAGCAGAUAAUGGAAGCAGCAAAUACAGAAGAACUUGACAGUGAUGAUGACUUGGAGCCAUAUGAUAUGUCCAAUGACGCACCAGUUACGAAGACAAAGGCCCCCAGAUACGUGCGGGACUGCAUGGAAGGUCUCAUAUCAUCGGAUGACCCAGAAAGAGUUGAGUCUUGUCUAUGUGCUGCUGCUGAUCUAAUAAGAUCCAAUCCUGUUGGACUUAAAGAGAUAGCUGUUGAAUUCAUCAAGAUCCUACUGCACCUCCAAGACUCUUUUACUUUACUAAACUUCAUUUCCUUGCGACACAGCGCCAUGGUUGCUCUGGGCGUAUCUUGUCCUGUGGAGGUAUCCGCCUAUUUGACUAAAGAGUUCUACAGAAGAAACUAUAACAUAAGACAGAGAAUGGAUAUGUUGGAGGUACUUCGAGGUAUUGCCAAAGAGCUUUCCCAGCCCUUUACUGUUUCUCAUAAAAACUGUGGUGAAAAGAUGCAACCCAAACCAAUUCAGAUCUUACAGGAAAAUAAGAGCAAUGAUAUCAAACCUGAGGACUGGAGAGAGGUAGUGCAGAGGAGAAUUGAAGCCAAGACGCAUAGAUUUGCCAAAGGCCCAAAGGCGACAAAACCAGAGGCACUACCAAAUCGAUUUGCUCCUGUGGCCGGAGACUUUUUCUUCCCCCUAUUAAAUUGUUUUGACAGAAAUGACCUUCCAUUUGAUCUACUUGGUGAGGAUUGCCUGUUACUUGGACGCUUGUUGUAUACAUUGGGUAUAGUUGUUUAUGCUGCCACUAAUGCUCCAAUUGCAAAACACAUGGGAAAAUCUUUGCUUGAGUUUACAUGGGGAAUUAGAUAUCAUCCUGACAGGUCCAUUCUUCAAGCUGUGCUGUUUGCUGUCUCCAUGGCAUUUCUUGCACUGCCACCUCAUGUCUUCAUUACCGAGCUUCAGACAGAAGUGGUGGAGGUGAGGCAGUGGUUAGAAGACCUUUCAGAGAAGAGUGUUGACAGCAGUUGUCAGAAACAGGCAGCACAGACACUAUUACUGGUGCAGCAUAUUCUAUCACAGGAGUUAUCAAAGAUGGCAGGACACUAGAAGCAAAAAUGGGAAUUCAAGCAGGAUCAAGUCCUAAAUUUAAAUGUUGCUCAUUUUACAAUUGGAGGAGACUCUUCAUCAGUACUUUUCAGAAGCAUUGUAUUUCCUUUUUACUGGCAAUACUUAUGCCCUCUGAUUGUCAUGAAUGUGAUCAUGGAUUCAAGAAACAAGUCUGCAUCACUCAUAACA